AUGAAAUUUUCAUACACUCUUGCGCUUUGCGCUCUUCUUUCGCUCUCCUCCACAGUUGCGCCGCGCAAUAUCAUAUCAACAUUAGACGUCAAUGUUUCAAGCAUGGAUGCUCCAGAAGGUUUUGGCCCGUCCCUCGUCACUGGCAACCUCCUACAAAAACGUAGAGGAGGAGGCGGUGGAAGGGGCGGCGGUGGUGGAGCACGCGGAGGCGGAAGGUCUGGCGGAGGAAGCGGAGGCCGCAGUGGUGGGGGAGGACCCAGAGGUGGUGCAGGGGCCGGAGGCAGGGGAGGUUCAAGCUCACCUGGUGCUAGAGCUACAAGUAACCUAGGCGGUUCUUCACGAACUGGCUCGGGAACCCCCCGCACAUUUGGCGGAGGCAGCUACUAUGCCGGUGGUGCCUCAGUCCCAUACACAGCCGGUAAAACUUCGCGGAGAGGACUGCUCCCAUUCGCCUUCCUCCCUCUCGCCGCCCUCGCCUUCUUCCCCGGCUUGUGGCUCUGGGGCGCCCACGCCUACCACAUCGGACACUAUAACUAUCGCAACACCUCCGACCCCAACGCCAACGCAACCCAGAUCCCCAUUGAAUGUCUCUGUCAGCGUUAUAGCGUCUGCGGCUGCGAGGAGAACGAUAACGCGACCUAUAUCAAUGAGCUGCUCAAGCAGAAGGAUGAGCAUGGCAUGCCGACGAAUACAACGACGGUUAGAGUAGUGCCCAAGGAUGAUGGGCCGACGACUAUCUAUGUCAAUGGCAGCUUGGCCAAUGGGACCACAAAUCCAGAUCCGUCCAUCCCGGAAAACAGCGGGGUACCCAUUGUUUCUCCUACGCUAUCGAAACUGGGUGGCUAUUGGCUUAUAACUUCGUUGGUUGUUGCGGCUGUGACGUUGAUAUGA